AUGGCCGUGGGUGCCCUUGUGUCAACAAUUACGGCUGACUGGCAGUUCCGCUCGCGACCUGACCUCGCACCUCCGAGACUCAACAUCACCGUCCCGGCCGCGAACUCAGUGGAAAAGGGGUUCAUCUUCGUCGCUCCCUAUGCCGGCUUUGAAGAUGGCAACAGCGGACCGAACCAGCCAGGAGCUUACAUCUUCCGAGAUGAUGGGGAACUCGUAUGGUCUGGUAUCGGCUACUAUGCUGGCUGGGUUGCCAACUUUCGCCCUGAUACUUGGAACGGGAAGCAAUACCUUCGCGGUUUUCAAGGUCUCCUUGACAAGCACCAUGGCCGCAUGUUUGGAUAUCACACACUCCUAGGCUCUGAUUACGAAGUUGCAAAGGUGGUGCGAGUUGGAUCGCACCGACUAGUUUCGGCCCAUGAGUUUCGCUUGGUUGACGGAAAGACGGCUUUGGUAGAAACGCCUAUUCCUAAGCCCGUGUCUCUCAAGCCUUGGGGAGGCAGCGAAGACCAGACAUGGAUCAUCUCCGGUGGGUUUCAAGAAAUUGACAUUGAAACGGGUGAAGUUAUAUUCGAAUGGGAAAGUCUUGACCAUGUAGACCCGAAGUAUAGUGCAUUCCCGCUCGACUUUGGCGAAGGUCUUCUAGGAGGCGGAAGAACCGAGGCUGAUGGGUGGAACUACUUCCACAUCAACAGUGUCGAUAAAGACGAUGAGGGCAACUACCUCGUGUCAGCACGUAACACGGCGGCCGUUUUCAAGAUCAACGGCACAAGUGGCGCCAUUAUCUGGCAACUGGGAGGUUUCCACGGAGGGUCCUCCUUCGUACUUUCAAAGGAAGACGUUUUUGGCUACCAGCAUCACGCACGUUUCCGCAGUCGUUCGGCUGAUGGAAAGAUCGAAAUCAUUUCGCUUUUUGACAACGGCGCGCACUCCACAUCAGUCAAGACGAAUCCGUUUUCGCGCGGCCGGAUCUACCAACUCAACCACACCGAUGUGCUUCCUAACGGUAAUGCCUUCAUCAACUGGGGCCAGGCGGGCGCAGUGACCGAGUACAGCAAUGACGGUGACGUCUUGUUCCACGCCUACCUCGACUCAGCCCCCGAAGGCCAUUUGGUCCAAAGUUAUCGUGGUUUCCGUUUCAGCUGGACGGGCACGCCCACAGAGGAGCCGGCCAUAGUUGCUUUCAGUGGAAAGGACUCUGUCAUCGACGUGUACGUCUCGUGGAAUGGAGAUACCGAAGCAGCAUCAUGGCGCUUCUUCUCUACGAGUGCAGCAGAGGCGGAUGCUCGUCAACUAGGUGAGAUCAAAAGAAACGGCUUUGAGACGCACUUUGAAUUUUCAGGAAGGGUCAAUGAAGACAAAUCAUUGGUUUUCGCCCAAGCUGUCAGUGCCAGCGGCAAGAUCCUGGGGCAGACUCGAGCAACGACAAUCUCGAGGAAUGAGAUACCACCCUCUUCUACAUGGGUGCAAUGGUCGGAGGACCUUUGA